UCUCUUCUUCUCUUCCUAUCUAUCCAUUUUCAUUUCUAAAUCAAUGAAUUUCUAGCUAUAGCAAAAGUUUCCCUUUCCUCAUCCAAUGUCCCUUUUGUUGUUCUUCUUCAUCUUCUUCGUCUCAACUUUCUUCCCACUAUGCAUCGCUCAGUCAUGUCCUUUGAACUUCACUAUCCUAAACCCUCUCCUCCCCAACCCCAGGCCCCGCCUCAACACCUCCAUGGAGUGCCACUACGUCCGCCAGGGCCUACGCCUCGUCCUCUCCGACUACCUUAGACGCACCUCUUCCUUCUUCCCUCCCUUGGACACCGCCGAGUCCUGCUGGCAAGCGUACCAAACCCUCAACCCGAACUUCGACAUGCGUUCCUCUUGCGGUUUCCAGACCGCUUGGAUCUCCCAAGGUUGUUUGAACUUAACCACCAAAUCCAGCUUCGAAGCUCUGAUCCCCAACGCCACCUUAUCCGACGUCGUCUUGAAUUGUAACCAGUCGUUGCGGGGUUCGGCUUGUGCUUCCUGUACUCGAAGCUUGGCCAAUGUACAAGCUAACUUGGCCGACAAUUCGACCGCGAACGUGUCGGACUGCACGGCCUACCCGACUAUUUACGCCGCUGCUUUUGCUAAUUUCCCCGGACCAACGGAUGAAGACAGUGCCUCCUGUUUGUUCUCGGUCGGGCCCGGCAACAACAGUAAUCAUAGGACUAACCGAAUAGGUUUGAUUUUGGGUGUUUUGAUUGGUGUAGGCGUUGGUUUAGCUGCUUUGAUUGGUGGGUCUUGGUUUGCAUAUAGAAAACACCAGGCUUCCAAGAGAAAGAAAGGAAGAGACAGAAUCAGGAGCCUCGAGAUGGGUAGCUUGGGUGGCUCUGGAUUGGGUUCAAUCAGUGAAAGUACCAACUUGAUCCACUUUUCCUUCGAUGAAAUCAAAGAAGCUACUAAGAAUUUCUCGAGAGACAACAUCGUUGGAAGAGGAGGCUAUGGUAAUGUCUACAAAGGUUACUUGUCCGAUGGCUCCGAGGUUGCCUUAAAAAGGUUCAAGAACUGUUCCGCUGCCGGCGAUGCCAAUUUCACGCAUGAAGUCGAGGUAAUCGCCAGUGUUCGGCAUGUCAACCUCGUUGCUUUGAGAGGAUAUUGUACGGCCACCACCACGUUAGAGGGUCACCAGAGGAUAAUCGUUUGUGAUUUAAUGAAGAACGGGAGCUUGUAUGAUCAUCUGUUUGGUUCCAUGGAAAAGAAACUCAGUUGGCCUGUUCGACUCAAGAUUGCACUCGGUACAGCUAGGGGACUGGCUUAUUUGCAUUACGGAGCACAGCCUUCAAUCAUUCAUAGGGAUAUCAAAGCGAGUAAUAUACUUUUGGAUGACAAAUUCGAGGCGAAGGUAGCCGAUUUCGGACUCGCAAAGUUCACACCGGAGGGGAUGACUCAUUUGAGCACCAGGGUAGCUGGAACGAUGGGAUAUGUUGCCCCUGAGUAUGCAUUGUAUGGUCAAUUGACAGAGAGAAGCGAUGUGUACAGCUUUGGUGUAGUGCUUCUUGAGCUGUUGAGUGGAAAGAAGGCGCUCGUAACGGAUGAUGAUAACCAGCCUUCUUUGCUGGCUGAUUGGGCAUGGUCAUUGGUGAAGGCCGAGAGAGCUUUGGAUGUUAUCGAAGACGGCAUGCCAGAGUUGGGGCCGCCGGAGGUUCUUGAGAAAUACGUGUUGGUCGCGGUCCUUUGCUCGCACCCCGAGUUACAAUGCCGGCCGACGAUGGACCAGGUCGUGAAAAUGUUGGAAACAGACACUUCAGUUCCAAUGAUCCCCGAGCGGCCAAUCCCUCUAGUGGCUCAUAUCGACGACAUCGAGAGAUCAGUAAGCAGUAAAGGCUCGGGUCAAUUCUCGGGUUCAGGCUAUCAGAUGUUUGCUUACGAAAGUAGUCAUCAUUCAGGCCGUAAGGAGGAAGGGCCAAGUUCAAGCUAGAUUCAUUUGAAUUCAAUAUGGGCCACAGAAUUGCAUCCCACAUUUGUAAAGAAGAUCAAAUUGAUUUGUUCAACAAAUAAUGCUUCAUUGUUUUCUUUUUCU